UGCGCUGGCGGCAGCAAUGGUUGGAGAAUGGCACUCUACUGUUCCAUAUCCACCACCAGGAUGGUGCCCCAAGCCUUCCUGGCCUUGAUCCAACAGAAGAGCCCCAGAGUGAAUCAGCUGAGGAGGAGCUGAGGAUUCUCCACAUCUCUGUUAUGGGGGGCAUGAUUGCUUUGCUGCUCUCCAUCUUGUGUCUAGUGAUGAUCCUCUAUACCCGUCGACGCUGGUGUAAGCGGCGACGUGUGCCUCAACCUCAGAAAAGUGCCAGUGCAGAGGCAGCUAAUGAGAUCCACUACAUCCCGUCAGUUCUCAUUGGUGGCCAUGGUCGUGAAAGCCUAAGGAAUGCACGGGUGCAGGGCCACAAUUCAAGUGGUACUCUAAGUAUUCGAGAGACCCCCAUCCUGGACGGCUAUGAGUAUGACAUCACAGAUCUGAGGCACCACCUGCAGCGGGAGUGCAUGAAUGGUGGGGAAGACUUUGCCAGUCAGGUGACCCGGACUCUGGACUCACUCCAGGGCUGCAAUGAGAAGUCUGGGAUGGACCUCACACCAGGAAGCGACAAUGCCAAGCUGUCCCUGAUGAACAAAUACAAAGACAACAUCAUCGCCACCAGCCCUGUGGAUGCCAAUCACCAACAGGCAACCUUACUGUCCCACACCUCUAGCAACCAGAGGAAACGGAUCAAUAACAAAGCUCGAGCUGGAUCUGCCUUCCUGAACCCUGAAGGAGAUUCGGGCACAGAAGCUGAUAAUGACCCCCAGCUGACUUUUUACACAGAUCCCUCCCGCAGCAGGAGGAGGAGCAGAGUGGGUUCUCCAAGAAGUCCUGUGAACAAAACCACGCUGACACUCAUCAGCAUCACCAGCUGUGUCAUUGGCCUCGUCUGCUCAUCCCACAUGAGCUGCCCACUCAUUGUCAAAAUCACCCUGCACGUCCCUGAGCACCUGAUCGCAGAUGGGAGCCGCUUUAUCUUACUGGAGGGCAGCCAACUGGAUGCCAGUGAUUGGCUGAAUCCUGCCCAAGUGGUACUCUUCUCACAACAGAACUCCAGUGGGCCCUGGGCCAUGGAUCUUUGUGCCCGGCGGCUCCUGGAUCCCUGUGAACAUCAAUGUGACCCGGAAACUGGGGAAUGCCUUUGCUAUGAAGGAUACAUGAAAGAUCCAGUACAUAAGCAUCUCUGUAUUCGGAACGAAUGGGGCACAAACCAGGGUCCUUGGCCUUACACGAUAUUUCAGAGAGGAUUUGACUUGGUUUUGGGAGAGCAGCCUUCAGAUAAGAUAUUCAGGUUUACCUAUACUCUGGGAGAGGGAAUGUGGCUGCCUCUAAGCAAGAGUUUUGUGAUUCCACCAGCAGAACUGGCCAUCAACCCUUCAGCUAAGUGCAAGACAGACAUGACCGUGAUGGAGGAUGCAGUGGAGGUCAGAGAAGAGCUGAUGACCUCAUCCUCCUUUGACAGCUUGGAAGUUCUCUUGGAUUCAUUUGGACCUGUCAGGGACUGCACCAAAGACAAUGGGGGCUGUAGUAAGAAUUUCCGAUGCAUCUCAGAUCGCAAAUUGGAUUCCACUGGUUGUGUGUGCCCAUCAGGACUCAGCCCCAUGAAGGAUGGUACCGGUUGCUACGAUCGCCACAUUGGGGUUGACUGCUCCGACGGAUUCAACGGGGGCUGUGAGCAGCUAUGUCUCCAGCAGAUGGCACCCUUCCCAGAUGAUCCUUUGCUAUAUAACAUCCUCAUGUUCUGUGGGUGCAUUGAGGAUUACAAACUUGGUGUGGAUGGGCGUUCUUGCCAGCUGAUCACUGAGACCUGCCCAGAGGGAGCUGAAUGUGGAGAAAGCCGGGAGCUUCCCAUGAACCAGACUCUGUUUGGGGAGAUAUUCUUUGGCUACAACAAUCACUCGAAGGAAGUGGCACCUGGACAGGUGCUGAAAGGAACAUUCAGGCAGAACAACUUUGCUCGAGGCUUAGAACAACAGCUGCCAGAUGGCCUUGUAGUGGCCACUGUCCCCCUGGAGAAUCAGUGCCUAGAGGAGAUCUCAGAGCCCACGCCAGAUCCAGAAUUUUUGACUGGAAUGGUGAACUUUAGCGAGGUAUCUGGGUACCCUCUUCUACAACAAUGGAAAGUCCGUUCUGUGAUGUAUCAUAUCAGGCUCAAUCAAGCAACCAUCUCCCAGGCUCUCAGCAAUGCCCUCCAUUCUCUGGAUGGAGCCACCUCUCGGGGAGAUUUUGUAGCAUUGCUGGACCAGUUUGGCAACCAUUACAUCCAGGAGGCUGUUUAUGGCUUUGAGGAAUCCUGCUCCAUCUGGUACCCAAACAAGCAGGUGCAGCGGCGGCUCUGGCUAGAGUAUGAAGACAUCAGUAAAGGCAACUCACCCUCAGAUGAAUCCGAGGAGCGGGAGCGAGACCCUAAAGUGCUCACAUUCCCAGAAUACAUUGCCAGCCUGUCUGAGUCGGGUACCAAGCGCAUGGCGGCUGGAGUCCGUAUGGAGUGCCAGAGCCGAGGCCGGUGCCCCUCAUCCUGUCCACUGUGCCAUGUGACUGCCAGCCCUGAUUUGCCUGCUGAGCCAAUUCUCCUGGAGGUUACCAAGGCAGCUCCCAUCUAUGAACUGGUUACUAACAACCAGACACAGCGGUUGUUGCAGGAGGCCACCAUGAGCUCACUCUGGUGUUCAGGAAGUGGGGAUGUCAUCGAGGAUUGGUGUCGGUGUGACUCCAGUGCAUUUGGGGCAGAUGGGCUUCCCACUUGUGCUCCUCUUCCUCAGCCUGUACUCCGGCUGUCCACGGUGCAUGAGCCUAGCAGCACCCUGGUGGUAUUGGAGUGGGAACACUCCGAGCCACCAAUAGGGGUACAGAUUGUGGAUUACCUCAUCCGCCAGGAGAAGGUCACAGACAGGAUGGACCAUUCCAAAGUGGAGACUGAAACGGUGCUGAGUUUUGUUGAUGACAUCAUCUCUGGAGCAAAGUCGCCUUGUGCGAUGCCAUCUCAAGUGCCUGACAAGCAGUUCAACACCAUCUCUCUGAUUAUUCGUUGUCUGGAACCAGAUACCACUUAUAUGUUUACCCUGUGGGGAGUGGACAACACAGGACGACGUUCCAGACCAAGCGAUGUGAUAGUGAAGACCCCCUGCCCAGUCGUAGAUGAUGUGAAAGCCCAAGAAAUUGCAGACAAGAUCUACAAUCUCUUCAAUGGCUAUACCAGUGGGAAGGAACAACAGACUGCAUAUAAUACCCUCUUGGAUCUUGGCUCUCCCAGCCUCCACCGAGUCCUCUAUCAUUAUAACCAACAUUAUGAGAGUUUUGGGGAGUUCACUUGGAGAUGUGAGGAUGAAUUAGGCCCCAGGAAAGCUGGACUCAUCCUCUCCCAACUUGGAGACCUCAGCAACUGGUGCAAUGGCCUUCUCCAGGAACCCAAGAUAAGCCUGCAGCGCACCUCACUCAAGUACUUGGCCUGCCGCUAUCGGGAGAUCAAGCCUUACGGACUAGAGUGGUCAGAGCUUAGCCGAGACCUCAAGAAAACCUGUGAGGAGCAGACCCUCAGUGUCCUGUACAACGAUUAUGGAGAUAACAAAGAUAACUAGAGAUCCAGGGUGCCUGCAGGGGGCCACCAAGACUAAGCAGGAGGGAGGAAGGGCUUUUGGGUU